AUGGGCCUCCUGUACAGGGUUCGUGUGCGAGUCAUCAACUGUUUAAUCUUCUUCUUGUUGGUUGUGUUGCUUCCCCGCUUGCCACCGAAAACUACAUUCCCAUUCGAAGGAUUUAGAUUCGCCAAGCCACGCGAGCUGAAAGGAGCAUUAGAACCCACGAAUCAUCUGGACAAUGCGGAACGACUGUUCGAGGGAAAGAUUUACGGUCCGGAAGCUUUGCUCGUGCACGGAAAGGAUCUAUUCACUACGAUCCAUGGUGGUGAAGUAAUUCGCAUUAAUGGCGAACAUAUUACGCACAUUGCCAAAUUCGGAAAACCAUGCGAGUUAUCGUUCGAGGAGGAAACAUGCGGUCGUCCGUUGGGACUAGCUUUCGACACGAAAGGAUCGAACCUGAUCGUAGGUGACGCUUACUACGGCAUCUGGUCGGUUGAUCUGACAACGGGUAACAAGGAACAGCUCGUUUCGCCUGACACCGUGUUAGAGGGCAAGGGAGUAAAUCGUAAAGGAAAACUGUUUAACAGCGUAGCGGUCGCUCGCAAUGGCGAUAUCUUCUGGACGGAUUCCACUUCCGACUUCACGCUGCAGGAUGGAGUGUUCAGCGUUUUUGCCAAUCCUUCGGGCCGUCUAUUCCAUUACGAUCGCAGCACGGGCAAGAACAAAGUGUUACUGGAUCGUCUGUACUUUGCCAACGGUGUGGCAUUGAGCCCCAACGACGAGUUCGUGCUGGUGGCGGAGACAAUGGCAUCGCAGAUUCGUCGAUACUAUUUGACGGGGCCGAAGGCUGGUACCGAUGAUAUUUUCAUCGAUGGUCUACCCGGGUUGGUGGAUAAUCUCGUGGCGGACGCGGAAGGCAUUUGGGCUCCAUUGAUCCAAGCCGCUGACGAUGAGAAUCCUUCGCUUCCGCAAAUGUUGUCCAACGUGCCGCUUAUCCGCAAGUUUGCGAUUCGUAUGCUAGCCUUAGCUGAACUGCCGAUGCGGUUCAUCCACCAAGUGUUCCCUAAUGUGCACACGCAGCGUAUCAUUCACGCAAUCGGUCACUUUGAGUCCCUGAUAUUCUUUUCCCCAAGUCGUCAAACCGUCGUGAAGAUCAGCUGGAGUGGCCGUAUCCUCGGAUCGUUGCAUGGUUUUGACGGUAGCGUUGGAAGCGUGUCGCAUGUGGCCGAACUGGGAGACUACCUGUAUUUGGGCUCACCAUACAAUAAGUUCUUGGCACGUGUUCCUCUUCCGAAGAUGCCAAAGAUAGAAGUCCGCGAUGUGAAGUACAAACCUGCAACAGAGGCAACGACUACACCGAAACCGACAACAACUACCACGACUACCCCGAAACCGACGACUACAACCACGACUACCCCGAAGCCAACGACUACCACGACUACUCCAAAGCCGGCCACGAGCACGACUCCUAAACCAACAACGACCACUACCACUCCUAAACCUACAACGACCACUACCACUCCUAAACCAACAACGACUACCACUCCCAAACCGGCAACUACUACUACCCAAAAGCCUAAAACCACGGCAACUCCAAAGGCUACUACUACCACUCCAAAACCAACAGAAGCUCCAAGAGCGUCCACCGAAGUACCAGUGACAGCGAAGAAAAGCGAUAAGAAACCAUCUGCACCGGAGCAACCGGGAAGCACCAAGGAAACCCCAAAAGAGCCGGCCCCUAUACACGAGAAAGUCCCCAACGAUACUCCCAAACCGAAGCAGGAGAAAUUGAAAGUGAUCAAAAAGGGCGGUGAUCAGGGAGAACUAUAA